AUGCGGCUGUCAGUCCCUCCCUCAUCAGGCUCCCCUCCCUCCUCAGCCUGCGGCGCAUCCCAGGAGCAGGACCCCACCCUCAGGGACCCAGAGGCCAUCGCUCGGCGGUGGCCGUGGAUGGUCAGCGUGCAGGCCAACGGCACACACGUGUGCGCAGGCGCCCUCAUCGCCGCCCAGUGGGUGCUGACCGUGGCCCACUGCCUGACCCAGGAAGGUGUCACCUACUCCGUGCGGGUGGGGAGCCCCUGGCUUGACAAGAGGGCUCAGACUACGGCCGAUGUCAGGGUGCGCGAGGUCAUUCUGAACAGCCGGUUCCGGUCCCGGCGCUAUUGGUCCUGGGUGGGCCAGGCCAACAACAUCGCCCUGCUGCAGCUCGAGAGAACGCUCAACUAUAGCAAGUACGUCUGGCCCAUCUGCCUGCCCGGCCUGGACUACAGGGUGAAGGACUUCUCCAUCUGCACCGUGACGGGCUGGGGGCUCCCCAGGGCGAACGGUACAUGGCCGCAGUUCCGGACCAUCCGGGAGAAGGAGGUCACAAUCCUGAACAGCAAGGAGUGUGAGGACUUCUACCACCGAUUCUCCAAAAUCCCCUCCCUGGUUCGGGUCAUCAACUCCCAGAUGAUCUGUGUGCAGGACACCGACAGGAAGCACUUCUGCUAUGAGACCAGCGGGGAGCCCCUGUCCUGUCCUGUGCAGGACACGUGGUUCCUGGUGGGGAUAGUGAGCUGGGGCCCCGGCUGCGGCCAGAACGAGGCCCCGCCCAUCUACCUGCGCAUCUCCACCUACCAGCACUGGAUCUGGAAGCGCAUCAACGGGCAGGCUCUGCCGGCCCCGUCCAGGGCCCUGCUCCUGGCGCUGGCGCUGCCCCUCAGCCUCCUUGCUGCCUGCUGAUGCCCCCAGGCCAUCUCUGGGGGCGCCCUCUGGCCCCAGGCCCCCUCAUCGUCCUCGUCCAGGACACUGCAGGUCCACUCUCCUGUCCCACCCGGCAGGGCCGAGACAGGUGCUCAAUUAAACAGUUCUCUUCCUCACGUAGCCUCCUUCCUGGUCCCGGAGGCGCUCGCCCUCGGCUGCUCGCGUGGGAGAUGGCUGAACAAGAUGGGUGGGGUGGGGGCUUGGGCACCGAAAGGGCAGAGCCCAGGACUGGCCUCCGUCCAGAGGGGGGGUGGCUCCUGCAGAAGGUGGGGGAGUGUGUGUAGGGAUGACAUCGGGGUCAGGUGAUGGAGGGCCUGGAAUGCCCUGCCCAGGCCAAAGCGGGCGCUGCCGGACUGCGUGAGGCUGGGAGGGGCAGCUGUGGGGCCCGGAGUGGAAGGUAUUCGUUCUGUUAAUUUAAUGGGAGUCGGGCUCUUCUUGACCUGGCCGGGCUCCUGGCCGUGGCGAGAACACACCCAGCACUGGGCUCAGACCCUCGAAGGCCUGUGGAAACCAAAGCUGCCCUUUGCUCUUGGCCACCUGACUCCCGCCCGCUCCCCCCAGUCGGGCUCGGAGAAGCCAGGGGAGGGACGGUCAGCCCG